CAAAAACAUGUGGAAAAAGAAAACGCGGUAAAACCUGUACGCUAUAUUAGAUUGCAAUACAUCGAUGUAUGAUUCGACAGCUCUUUAGCAUUGCCAUAGAAGAAAUCGAUGAACAAUGAGUUAUGGUUUGCUGGUGAAUAUUACAGCGGCAAGAUUAAAUGAAGGAAACCACAGUUGUUUAUCGAAUUAUACCGAUGCACGAUAUACAUUGUCAGUGGAAACCUGAAGGAUGAUGGAUUUGAUAUCAAGACACGUGUUGAAGGUUUAUAAAUCAAACACAAUCGAUCGACUGGAAGCAGAAAGGAAAGAAGUAAAAAUCAUUCAUUAGUCCUAAUAACAAUCCUUGUCGUUACGACCGAAAGCCAUAGUCUGAUGAUUUCUUGCUUCUAUAUAGAACAACUGUGCACAGUUUUAUCAGACAUCCGCACCACGUGAUACUAUAACCUUUUACGCACGUAAAUGAAUCCAACUUUCGCGUAAAAUUCGAUAUUCCCGAUAACGUUAAUUAUCAUUUGAUCGUCAGAGCAGUGUGGCCGCGAGGUGACGGAUUAUUAACUUUUGUGAUGAAAGUUAAUUUUUUCCCUCAUUUGGAUACAUUUACCUGCAAAAAGUCAUACCAGCAUAAAACAGCCAUGGUGAGGCGAGAGGCCACGCUGCUAAUUCUAUUGGUCACAAUACUGAGGCACAGUACUACACAUGCCGCCCAAAUACCUGCCCUACCGACCACAACCGUGGCGGUCGCAAGCACGGUGCAGAUCGAAUGCGCGAGCGAAUCAAUCAUCGUGCAUAUUUCGACGGAGGGUAACUCCGCGUUUCACGGUCUCGUAUAUCCACGAGGCCUUUCGAAGAACAGCUCGUGCCUACAGGAAUACAGGAGUCAGCCGGCCCCCAUCACCUACACCCUGCCCCUUAGGUCGUGCAACACUAUGCCGACCGAGCUGGAUGACGGUGGAAUCGAAUACUUCAACACAAUAGUCGUCCAGCCUCACCUCAAAUUAGUCACAAAUCAGGGGAGAGGUUUUCACGUGAGAUGCCGCUAUCAAACUAGGGAUAAAAUUGUUACAAACGACAACACGCACGUCGCGAUGUUACAGUCGCUUCCGCUUCAGGCAACUGCACCGAUGCCUGGCUGCACAAUGAAAAUUUUCAGCGGAGAUCCGACGCAGCACCAAGUCGCAGAGAAUGUGAAGAUAGGAGACCCGUUGACUCUGGUUAUCAGCAUUGACACCCAGGAGAUGUACGGCUUGAGGAUAUCAGAUUGCCUCGUCCGGGAUGGCUUUGGCUGGGGUGAACAGCGGCUGAUAAAUGACGAAGGCUGUCCAGUGGAUAAGGAAAUAAUGGAUCAAUUCACCUACAGCGAGGACAAAACUAAGGCACAGGUAAACUUCCAGGCUCACAAAUUUCCAUACAUAGCCAGUGUCUAUUACCAGUGCAACGUUCAGCUCUGCGUUAAAUUAGGAAGCGGAUGUGAGAAUACGCCACCGUCGUGCAACAGCAAAGGAAGACGGCGCAGGGAUUUGCCAAGCAAUAAGUCGAAGGGUGAUACUAAUACGGCGGAAGGCUUACCUGAAGGUGAAACACCGGCUACGAUCGAAGUCUUUAGUGGACUUUAUGUGAACGAAGCUUCAGACACCACUUCAAAGUCGGAUUACUUCAAUGAAGUCUCUAAAGAAAGGACUAUAGAUGAUCCGAACAGCAUAUGCAUAUCGCAGAGGAGCUUCGCAAUUGGGAUAGCAAUAGCUGGAUUGAUCCUGAUGUUGGCGGUGGUUGCUGCGAUUCUGGUUCUCUUAGCAAGGCGGCGGCACAAGAGUAUUUCAACAACAGGAUCAUCGAUCUAUAGCGGCCCUUACACAAACACUGCCUACAGUCAUAGCAGUUAAGCUGUUGUAGUUUUACGGGAUGUUACUCAUAUCGAAUAGGCAGUAUUUUUGGUUUGUUUUGAAUACUAUGUCUUUGGGGGCGAAAUCAAAGUUCAAAAAGUUACUAUAUGUAUAUAUAGCAAUGGAUUUAAGAAAGACAAUCUCAACGUUUGCUGAACUUCUUAUUUUCCGGCAGUACUUUGAAAUGUGAGGCUACCAAAUCUUGGUGCCUCGAUGCUCCAUCUUGUCAAAGUAUAUUAUAUAAAAAUAAUAAAUGGAACAGUUGAAUAAUUUGGACUGGUACUUCGGCUACAGUGCUUGUUCAAUAUUAUCAUCAACACAAGAACGUAUAAGUGGGAAAUGAAAUUAAUUUUAAUAUGUGGGCUAAGAAUAAGUAUCCAUUGUUCGUCUCUAGCUAUCCAUGCGUCGUAUACUAGCCCGAUAUACACGCUCCUAAUCCAACAAUUAACUUUUCAAAGUACUAAAACUGCACUCACACAGAUGAACACAAACAAAACAUAAACAUUCCUCCCGUAUUAGCCGUCCAUUAAAAAGUAAUAUUUAUAAUUUAUAGCAAUUAGUACGAUAAUUAUAUACGAGUAAUUCACCUGCUGGCUUAUCUGGCAAGAGUCAACUAUUUCCUAGAUUGUUUACAAAGCUCGUGACUAAAUCAAACUUUUCAAUGAUAAGGCCAUCAAUAUUCCUUGUUGGUUGCAUUUUUGCACUUUUUGUUUCCUUAAUAUUACGAUACGUUUGUUUAUCGUACAGCUAUAUUAUGUGAUUGACAAAAACACACAGUUUCUAGAGGUAGCUACGAGAGACGGUCAUUAUUUGUUGCAGGAAAUACAGUGUAAAGAUUUUUUAACAAUUCAAGUUGUUAGCUGAAAGCAAGGAUAUCGCAUUUUUAUCCUCGUGUUAUUAAAUUUGUAUCAACCACCGGUGUCUCGCAAUCACCUCUUACCGUCAACUAUAUAUACUAUAUGAAAUCUGUUAUGAACAGAAAACGACAAUCAGCUGCUACUUAGUCUUAACUCAGAGUAUAUUUACUUAGAGUAUAAUCCAAUAACGCUUAUUCAUUUAAUAUUAACUAGGUAAAUAAAAUCAAGGUGCUGCCCUUGUGUUACUGCUCUUGUAAUGGAUCUACGGAUUUUCAAUGGCCAAUUACUCGACUAGUUGUAAGUCGAUAAUGAUCCUACAUAUUGAAAGCUGCAUAACGCAAGAGUCUUAACAUUAAUCCAGCUAAAACAAAGCUAGGCGUAUAAAAUAUCUAUAACUAAAUUAAAAUUAGGGAAAAAAAUCGCUGUGCAUGAAAGCAGUCGAAUAACUGGGUCUAAUUCGGUGGUGGGUAUAUGAUUAAAACAUCGAAGCAAAAAUUGAAAACGAUAAAAAAAAAAUUAAAAAACCAUGAGCGUAAUAGAUCAUGAAAAUCGCUGGAAUGCUUAUACGAUGUUCCGAUUCAAAAAACGAAUGCUAGAUAAGAAUUGCACAAACGUUUAUGCUACGAAGAAAAGUUUCCGGCCAAUAUAUUUCUCAGA